CGGGCACCGCAAGGGAGGCCUAAAGCCAACCUUCCCCUGAGUGAUGGCAUAGACCCACCGGGCAAGGACCCAGCCCACCUGCUCCUCCGCUCUGGGCAACCGCGGUGUCUCUGGUGGCAAGAGGAGGAGGUGGCCAGGCUAAGCCAGCACCAACCCCUUCAGAGGGCAGCCUGCCUGGACUGAAAUGGACCCCCGGAAUGAGAAAGGCAAGGAUGAGCUGGGGAACGGGAAGAUCACUGCCCAGCUACUGAAAAGCAGGACAGGGGAGUUUGACCUGGAGUCCAUCUUGCUGCUAAAGCUGAGGGGCCUGGGCAUCCUGGAGCUCGGCUGCCUUGGGGAGUGUGCCAGCCUGGAGUGGCUGGACCUGUCGGGCAACGCCCUCACCCACCUGGGCCCCCUGGCUACACUCAGGAACUUGGCUGUCCUCAACAUCUCCUCCAACCGCAUCUCCAGCCUGGAGCCCCUUGGGGGCUGCGAGAGCCUGCAGAGCCUCAACGCGGCUGGCAACUCAUUGCGCAGCCUGCAGCAGCUGCAGUGCCUGGUGGGGCUGAGGCACCUGGAAAACCUGCGCUUCCACAACGCCGUGGGCCGCCUCAGCAACCCCUUCUGCACCUCGGUGGGCUACCCGGCGGCCAUGGCGGAGAUGUUUCCCCGAGUCAAAGUGAUAGAUGGCGAGCGGGUCUCUGGGCGCGGCAGCGAGCUCUACCAGCUUUGCAAGGAUCUUGACAGCUCCCUGCAGCGCUUCCACGGCCCCAGUGGCGGAAGCCUCCAGGAGUUGGCCGGCCGGGCCCAGCCAUGGGUAGCGGAAGGCUACUGGGAUGCCCAGCCGGCCAGGAGGAGCUCCAUCGUGGAGGAAGCCUACAAGCAGUUCAGCGAGGCUCUCCUGGAGUGCCGGGAGCUGAGCAAGCGGGCUGACCACACCAUCUGCCAGGCCGAGCGGGCACUCAGUGGGCGCCCUGAUGGCAACUCUUACCUCUUUUGAGCCUCCCACCUGCUGACCUCCAGACGCGUUGUGACUGCCGCUGGGGAGGGGACGCUGGGAACUGUUCUCCCAGCACAUCCGGAGGAGCACUCACCCUGCCCCUAGCCCUCACCCCUCUGCCCUGCAGCUCUUUUUUACUGAUCCCCCAGGAAGGGGGAAUGGCACAUUCCACCACCAAUGCGUGGGUCUGUGGCUCAUCUGUUCCCUUCCAGCAUCACAAGCUCUGCCGAGGCUGUGUCUCUGCUCUGCCCCUGGGCUUUCUGCCUGCUAGGGGGUGCAGAGCCGCCUGUGUUGCAUGGCACCUGCGAGGGGGUUUGUGCCACUCUCAGGCCUGAAGAGGUCACUUCCCAGGCGGGUCACAGUCCUUUGAUCUUGGGUGUGGGAGUGGGGGUGGGGGGCGCACCCGCAGGCAUGCUCUGAAAAGCUACCCUAGUGCUCUGUAGUAAAGUAACUACGAUUCUGUCACAGCCUAACACCAGGUCUCCCCACUGAGCAAGCCCCCUUUGUGAAUCUCUGGCCAGCACAGCUGCUUCUGCGACUUGCGGGGGGUGGGGGUCAAGCCAGGAUAGUUCAUGCAGGCCCCUUGCCCCCAGCCCUGAACAUGCAUUUAUCAGGGGCUCCCUAGGCUAGAAAUUUUACAGUGUGAAGGAAUGAGAACACAUUUAAUAUCUUGGCAUGCCUUUGGUUAAUUUUGCAAUCAUCUUUUGGUGUACAUAAAAUAAAAGCCUACGUGUAAA